AUGAUAUCUGAUAAUGUUACAGUAAAAUAUCUACCACCGAAUUGUACAUCUUUGAUUCAGCCUAUGGAUCAAGGAGCCAUUCGGAGUUUCAAAUGCCAGUACCGUAAAUUUAUCGUGCAAAAACUUGUGGAUUCUAAUAGUCGACACGAAUUUGUUAAAUCUUUGAACAUUAAGUCAGCUUUAUGGACAGCAGCGACUUCGUGGGAUUCUGUAACCCCACGUGUUUUAAAUAAAGUUUGGAAUAACUUACUAUCUCAAGAUGAUGAAAAUGAUUCAACUUUUAGUAUUGAGAUACAAUCAGAUGUAUUAAUACCACCUGGUUUUACAGCUGAUGCUAUCUCAAAGUGGAUGGAGUGCGAUAUUGAUGUCGCACCGUUUGCUAUUGUAUCUGAUGAUGAAAUCGUUAACAUGGUCAAUCAAACAGAAGAAUAUGAGCUUGAGUCAAAUUCAGAGGAAUCAGAUGGAGGUAAUACGGUAGAAACCCCCACAUUAGCUCAAGCAAUAGAGGCUAGUAGUGUUUUGUUAAAGUUCUUAGAAAACUAUACUGGUACAGGUAUUUCAGAACCAGACAAAAUACAAGUGUAUCGCAUACAAAGUCAUUUACUUAAGGAACAAAUGAAUUCUAAAAGACAAACUACUUUAAACGAAUAUUUUAAAUUAAUAUAA